UAUGCAGCCUGCAGACCUGUCCACAGAAUUACAGAUGCUUGACAGAUUUUACCUGAUGGAUUUAAAGUCGUGAACGCUGAACUCUUAAGUGCAACCAACAAAAUGUUGGGAUCUGAUGGCAGUGUGUGGGUCAUGUGAUCAAAGGUUUACUGUAAUGACAACCUUCAGAGGAAAGAUGAUGGAUGAACUUCAAUGUUUAUACAGUGCUUCAUAAAAUCACGUUUCACUUUCUAUAGAGCUUUCCUUCUAGAUAAGGAGAUUACUAAACAGAUACUGCAUGAUUUCUACACACCGGACAUCAACACAUGAAUGACCUAUGUUUGAAAUUGGCCGAACAGCUGAACCUGUCAAGACAACAAUUUUUCGCACCUUGCCGUGUCUGCCCAAACAACGAAUGAUGAAAAAGUUUAUUUUUAAGUCUUAAUGACAUUCAAACCACCAUGCAAUUGCAUCCCCUCAAACUAUUAGUUUAACAGUAAGAAUAGUGGCACUUUAAUCUUUCAAACAUGUCUGAAAAUCUGUAUGAGACGAACCAGUUCACUAACCAAACCAAUGGAACAUAUUUGUUCCAACACAGCCCGAGUGCAUUGGGUAUGCCUCACUAUGGUGUACCUAAUGUAAACUCAAUUCAGUCCUCUCCUAUAUCCCCACGCCUCAACCACGAGCCAUUAGCAUCUCCCAUCACACCAGGAAAUGAACUUUCUCCAAUGCUUGACAUGCCAGACAGUGCUGUGACAUGGGAUUAUAAUCAGUUUGGAAGGACUGCCCCCUCAUCAUGGGGGUCUUCUUCUCAGGACGAACUAUCCGAGACCUCUGAUUGCUCCCGAAUCUACCCUUUCAACUCUACAUUGAUUUCCAAAGACAACGGCAACGCUCACUGUCCUCAACGGUUGGAUUCAUUCUCAAAGGCCUUUCCGACAAAGAACCUUUACCUUUUCUUUGGUGAUAGUAACAGGACAGAUGAAAAGAACUCAGAAAAUAAUCACAUUUCAGGGGUUUUGCAGUUACCUCAAAGUGGAACACUUUCAGAAGGGCUGGAUAGACAACCCCUGGAGUCCCCCAUUUUUAAUCCAGUUGUUUCAAUUCAAGCUCAAACACAACCAAUAUGUGAUCAGUCAGGGUUCCGUUCACCAGACAUCCCAUUGCGUGGUACUUACCAUAACCACCAGCAGUUUCAUUAUGGAUACCAGCAACAUAAACCAAAAGUAACCAACAUGGAGCAGGUCAACAGGGGUCUCCAUAAGCCACAAAGCCCUUGGCAUCCUCAACAAGGCUAUCAAGUCCAUCAAAGUCAUCUAACGCCUUAUCCAAGGACCUUGCAUCAACAACAACAGCUUCAUUUACAACAUAGAGGAACAUUUGCAUGUAAAACUCAUCUAAACACUCAGGAGGCCUAUGAUUCUUCUCAAUCACCAACUUACGGCCACAAUCAAGACUUUAAGACUCCGGAGCAGCAGACCUUGCAAGGCAGUCAUAGCUUGAACCUUCCAUCUCCACAUUAUCAGGACCAGCAACACAUUCGUGCACUUUCCCAUCAAAACGAUCCUUUUCUACACCAACAGCCUCAGGAACACGUCCAAUCAAUCUCUCUAAACCAAAGCAGCAUGUUUGUUGAUGGUCGACUGGCGCCGUUUGACAAACAUUCUGCACCCAACACACCAGUGUAUUCUAGUCCCCAAGAAGACGGCCAAUCUGGUUUCAACUUCCCCAGUAGAAAUGAAGAUCUUUGCGGUCCACAUUAUCAGAGCAAGCGUUCAGGAGGCAGUAAAGGUGCUCCACAGAUGACUAUAAGGGGAGAUAUUUUUACUCAUCUAACCUCACAUACACCUCACUGGUCACAGGCCGCUUCACCUGAUAUUCAUGAUGAAGUCAUUUCACCACAUUACAGGGCCGAAACUGGGCUGAUGAGCAGGGAGAGGUUACAUGCUAAGAUGACGUGCACCGUCUGUCAGAGGGAAUUCAAGAGUCUUCCAGCCCUGAACGGCCACAUGCGCUCCCACGGAGGAUGCAGAACACAUCAGUCAUCACUCAAAAUGCAGAAAGAUGGACAGAUUCAUCUGUCUAGUGGGGUUUCUCAAAUAAAGCCCAUCAUCUUACCAGUGUCCGUUCCGGUGAAGGAUUGCCUGGUCAACUCCAAACUUAACCUUGGUCUUCAGUGUCACCAGAAAGAAGAUGACCCACGUGCCUUAAUUAAGUCUUGUGCACAGUCACCCCUCCCUUCAGUACAAAACCAUCCUUCCUGUAUAAAGAGAUCAGUGUCGGAUGGAGAAUGUGCACCAAAGCCGGAGAAGAAAAGAUACCGUAACUUUCUGGUUCCAUUAAUGAUUCCUCCACCCAGUGGCGGACAGGAGUCCAGAGGUGCUGUGCUCUUCCGGAGUCUACUGCGGUCAGCUAGCAGCACGGGAGAUGAUGUGCCUUACACCCCUCCACCCAUGCUCAGCCCUGUACGCCCCGGGUCAGGCCUCUUCACUGCAGUCAAUGGAAGGGGCAAGAUUGGUGGGGCAGAGUCUGCCAUAAAUGCGCACCACUCUCCAGCUAGUGAUAUGGACGGCUGUGUGGUGACUUCAGCGGAGAAAGCAAUUAAUGUAACACCUCGGAUUAACAUUGGCGAGGAAUUUCAAGCCACCAUCCCAGGAAUGAAGAGUCGGUCCAUUACAGGGGAAGAUACCCAUAAUGCUGUUCUUCUAUGGACACCCACUGAAGACCUGGAGAAUGCAGAUAACCAGCAGAAAGUGGACAAUCUUCUGAAAAUGGCUUGUUCUAGUGUACUACCAGGAGGGGGAACUAACACUGAAUAUGUCCUUCAUUGUCUCUUUGAAUGCAAAGGAGAUAUUAUGAAUACCCUUGAAAGACUUCUCUUGCCAACACUAUGGAAAAAUGGAUCCAGCGUUAAAACAGACUAUCAUUACGCAGGCUCAGAUAAGUGGACUCUUCAAGAAAAACGGCAGCUGAACAAAGCACUUUUAAUUCAUCACAGAGACUUCUAUCUAGUCCAGAAAAUGGUCAAGACGAAGUCAGUCUCUCAGUGUGUUGAAUACUAUUACACGUGGAAAAAGCGUUUGCGUCUGUGUACAAGAGUUAGUACAACUACGAAUACACCUGUUCAUAAUCGGCAGGGGGAUUGGGCGAUGAGCACCACCGCAGGACUGGACAAAGAAGCAAAGUGCCAAACUAGGAACUCUGAAUUAUCAGACAACUCCAACACUUUGUUUGUCUGUGAAGUGUCAAACUCUCAGAUGAAUGGAGAAACGUGGAACCAGAACAAUGUCGGGCUGCUCUGUAGAUCUCCAGCAGAACACAAAACUUCUACUUUGACUCAGGCAUUGGGUUCGGCUUCUGUGAGAAGUUCACCUUCCAACAGCACCACCAGUGGAGAUACUGAUUCAGCCCUCAUAUUUCCCUGCACUGAGUGUGGAAAGGUGUUUAUGAAGGUGAAGAGUCGAAAUGCCCAUAUGAAGACACAUCGUCAGCAUGAAGACGCACAAUUGAGGCAGUUUCCUAGGGUUCCUGAACAAGCUAAUGUCAUCAUGACACCUGGCUGUCCUGUUACACCACUAAAGCAACCCCUAAGCCUUCAUUCUUUACCUUUUGAUAGUAUUGCAGAAGUCAAAACUUUAAAUGCAGAGUCUGUCCAGGAAAUAGAUUGCCAUCUGAAAAAACUUCCUGUCCUACAGAGUCCGAUGGACUAUAUGACCCAAGGUUCAGUUCACUGAAAAGCAACACAGUAAAUUGUAGCCAGUAAAACAAACUGUUUUAUAUAAAUGACAUAACCACAUGUAUAUUAAAACUAAGAGUAUGAAACAUCUUUUUAAAUGUAAAAAGUACAUAAUGUGUAUUGUUUUAUCUGCUUUGAAUCUUCGAUAUCUGUGAAUUAUUUGACUUUGUCUCACAUUUAAUUUUUAAUAAACCACCAGGAUGCUCAGUGAUUAUCAAAU